GUUUGUUCUUUUCCGUGGUGUUUUUGGCGAUGAGUGCAGUUUUGAAGUUCUGACUUGUCUAGGCUGUUUAAAACAGUCACAAGCUCGAAUUUCAAGGACGUUAGGAUGCAAAAGAACAGUGGAUGUGGAGCAGUGCAAGUUACUUAUCGCUCUAAAGUUGAUUUCAAUGUCACGCAGACCCUGAUCCGUUCCCGAAGUGACUGUUUCUUGGAAUCAAAGCGUGCGCGUGAACGAAUGCUCAAGGAAAAAGAAUUGAAAAACCGAACUCCAUGGGACAUUAAGCCACCCGACUUCACACUUCAAAUCUACCGUCCAAAGCCUCCCAAACGAAACACAAGAGAAUCUAUGAUACCAGGAUACAACGAAGACGAGUGGAAUGAAAGAGCAAAGGAGAGAACCAAACAGAGGAUUGAAUUUAAACCUAGUGUUUUACCAAAAAUUCUGCAGCCCCCGGUAUCACACAAGGUGCCUUUCUCUACUCAUUUUCGUAUUCCGGACUCUCAUACAGCCAAAAUCAAGUACGUUAGGGAAGGUGUACAUGAACGUGAUCCUUAUGUCACUCCAGGGCCACAUGCCUUCAGAGGGGAUGACUUCAGACCGCUGGAAAAUCCAAAGAAGUAUGGUUUGCCAGAGUUUGAGACUACUUACGAUCAUGAUCCAGGAAAUCUGAAGUUCAAGUCGAGAACAUUAAAUGUUCUAUAUGACCCCUAUAUAGAUCAGUUUAUAAAUUUUAAGGAUGGUUAUAGAAGACAGAUGAUAACCUACAAAGAAGAGGAGCCUGAAUGGGAUAAGGCACUCAUCCUACACAAAGGGCCAUACAAUAAGGGUCGCACCCCAGGAAGUGCUCUGAUGAGACAGAUAGCCAAACAGCUUCCAUGGUGUUCACCCCAAGAUAAGAUUGAACAAUUUGCAAGGCCUGACAUUUUUGACGAUAAAACAAUUGACUGGUUAGAAGUAACAGCGCAUAGCAAAGAACUCAACAGGAUCUAGAAACUGACUUGAGCAUGCAGAAUUUAGUCCCAAUGUAUAUAAAUACAAUUGAGGAUUACAUGACAUAGUGACAGGCAAAACAUGCCACAACUCAUUGUGCAUCACAUCAUCCAGGAUUCUACAGCUGUACAUCAAAGUCAUAUGACUUGAACUUAUGUCAAAGACUGCAGUAAAGGUUGUUCUACUGUUCAAAAGUUAACAAUUAUUCACUGAUGUGGAGCCGCAAAGUGGCAACUGAAGAUAAAUAUCUACCACUUUCACCAACACUGAGGUGAAUAAUUGUUCAUCAAGUAUGUGUACCACACAUAAACCGAAAAAAAAUUAGUUCAUCUGUUUAUUGACCAAAAAAUGGUUGGAAAUUAAAUCUCCUUGGUUGCUUGGAGGUGAAUAAUAAUUGCUAAUCACUUUGAAGCAGCCAAUCAGCAUGCAUGAAAAGUACUUUUCACCUGUGUGGUACAUAUACACUAGUUCAAAAAUCUCAGACCAGACAGUAUUCACUCUCUAAAAGUUUAUUCCAAAACAUGUCUCACUACUCUUUGAUAAUGAAUUACAAACAAUAAUGUGCUAUUGACUGAAAUUUUAUACAAUCACAUAGAGGUAAAAUGAAAUGAACAAGAUUAUUUAAUUUGUUUGUAUAGAAUUCUCUUUUGUGUGUUAUUGUUGCUUUUUAUCCCAGAUAUUAUGUACAGAUCAAACAUAAUAUUUAAGAAUAUUUCAUUUCAAAUUUUUCUUGAUCGAUAUUAAAGAGCAGUUGAUAUCCUUUCAUCAAGAAGAGUUGCUGUAAUAAUUAUUAUUUAUUGACAAAAGUAAGGAGGCACAACUAUUUUGUAAAUGCAUGUGUGGGUACUCAAGUAGUUAUUAUCAAUAAAUGCUUAAAAACUUUGA